CAAAAAGUGCUCAAGCAGCUGCUGUUGCUAUGGUUAUUUCCUAGCGUGAAUGCAAAUCGUGUUUGCAAGAAUGUAUGUAGCGACUAAUUCGAAUUCGAAACUUGUGAUUACUAACAUCUGAAAAUUCAACGGAUAUUUAACUUUACAUUUUGCGUUCCAUUGUGGGGGCAUUAAUUAAUUAGCCUUAAUUAGGGGGGUCCCCCAAACGCCAACCCUCCUCUAAUUCGCAUCCUGCAUAUUGGCUGUAAACAAACACAUCUUGCAGAGAUCACGUUGUAUGCAGCACUGUUCAGAGAAGCAUAUUACAAACGCAGCAAAAGAAAGAUGUAUCCAACACAAGAACACGUGUUCAUCCCUCCCCCACUUCACAUCUCCACCACCCUCUCAGAGAAGUUUCUCUUAUUUGUCGGGGCUGGAGAUGGAGUUUGAGAGCUGGAUGCGCGCAGUGCGCAGGAACCGAGAACAGUGAAGACGAACAGAAUCAGAUAACAACGCUUGCCAGCCGCGAGGAUCAGCAGUUAAACUUGGACAGGAUCCUUAGGGCGUCUACCAACUACCAUCUUAUCAAAUUUGGUGCGAUACACCUGGGGAAACAGGAGUGGAUGAAGGUGGAGGAGGAGGGUGCCAACGCACAGAUGCUAGACUGCGCCAAGCCAAUCUGAGAUUACAAAUUACUCGCAUCCAUAUUAUUUCCCCUUUUCACAGCCUUGGCUGAGUUAGACUUUUUAUUAUUAUUAUUAGUUAUGCGGGUUUGGAGAAGACAAGGAGAUCCGCAUCGCUCCAUCCCAAGACCAACGCGCUGCUAUUGACAGCGGUAAGCCCUAAAAAUAACUUUUUUGAAAUUAUCUGCCCAGAAAUGCGAGAGACUGGUGUACCUGCAGUGUGAAGAAAACCGAAAACAUUUAGUCAGGUACAAGCACGCAAAGCAUUCUCGUAUAUCUGGGACAACUUUAACCGUGAAGGAUGUCAGCGUUGCGGAAAAAAUUUGGGGAUGAUUAUCAAGUGGUGACCACUUCGUCCAGCGGCGGCGGGUUCAACCAGGCGGCCCCUGAGAAGAAAAAGAAACGUCAGCGCUUUGUGGACAAGAACGGCCGCUGUAACGUCCAGCACGGGAACCUGGGAGGAGAAACCAGCCGGUACCUAUCGGACCUCUUCACCACGCUCGUGGACCUCAAAUGGCGCUGGAAUCUAUUCAUCUUCAUCCUUACCUACACGGUGGCGUGGCUCUUCAUGGCUUCAAUGUGGUGGGUCAUUGCCUUUAUACGUGGAGACCUGAACCAGGCCCACGAUGACAAGUACACACCGUGCGUGGCCAAUGUGCACAACUUUCCCUCCGCUUUUCUGUUCUUCAUCGAAACUGAGGCCACUAUCGGAUACGGUUACCGCUACAUUACAGACAAGUGUCCGGAAGGCAUCAUUCUCUUCCUCUUCCAAUCCAUCCUAGGCUCUAUAGUAGACGCUUUUCUGAUCGGUUGCAUGUUCAUCAAGAUGUCCCAGCCGAAGAAACGCGCAGAGACGCUGAUGUUCAGCGAGCACGCGGCUAUUUCCAUGCGUGACGGCAAACUGACCCUGAUGUUCCGAGUGGGGAACCUGCGGAACAGCCAUAUGGUCUCCGCGCAAAUACGCUGCAAACUACUUAAAUCCCGCCAGACUCCUGAAGGUGAGUUUUUGCCUCUGGAUCAACUUGAGCUGGACGUUGGUUUCAGUACCGGAGCUGACCAGCUUUUCUUAGUGUCCCCUCUAACGAUCUGCCAUGUGAUCGACUCCAAGAGCCCAUUCUAUGACCUCUCGCUCAGGUCCAUGCAAACAGAGCAAUUUGAGAUUGUGGUUAUCUUAGAGGGGAUCGUGGAGACCACCGGUAUGACAUGCCAGGCUCGUACUUCGUACACGGAGGAUGAGGUUCUGUGGGGUCACCGAUUCUUCCCGGUAAUUUCUCUGGAGGAGGGUUUCUUCAAGGUCGACUAUUCGCAGUUUCAUGGCACUUUUGAGGUUCCUACACCUCCACACAGUGUUAAAGAACAAGAGGAGAGUUUGCUCCUGUCAUCACCUCUGACGGCGCCCUCUCUGUGCCAAAGCGCAGGUGGGGUGACGGAAGGCAGUGGCACUCUUGAAGGUCUGGAACUUCAGAGCGAUGCAGAAACUGCCUCCAUCAAUAUAGCAACCCCCAUGCCAACCAACAAACUGCCUGCCAAGCUUCAGAAGCUUACAGGACGGGAGGCCCCCAUCCGGGAUGGAAUGCCCCGCAAGCUUCUGCGCAUGAGUUCAGAGAUCACCUACAACCUGGGUGACCUGCCCGUCAAACUCCAGCGAAUCAGCUCUGCUCCGGGCGUGGCAGAAGAGAGGCUUCAGCAAAUCAGUGCUGUGCUUAGCCCCAAUGAGGACAGACUGGCUCCCAAGCUGGGCUUGGUGGGCGGGCCUGAACCCAUCAGCCAAUCAGUGACAGAUCUGCCACCGAAACUGCAAAGGUUGGCUGGAGGGGGGGUGGGUGGAGUCGGAAUCGGAGGACGAAUGGAUGGUCAUCUGCCUCCCAAACUGAGAAAAAUUAAUUCAGAGAGGUUCACGGGCUUGAGUUUAAAAUGAACUGAUUUCUAUAUGCAUACACAUUUUGCUCAUUUACCUCCUCUGAAAUUGAAAUUGAGUAAAAAGGACAAUCUAUACUUAUAGCAAUUUAUAUAUGGAUAAUAUAUUAGAUUAAUGCUAAUCCUCUGCACAAUCUGGCAUGUUUUUACCACAAACAGCAUGAAAGGAAAAAUAAAUUUCAACAUCUAAUUGCAGAUAAUAUAACAGUACUCAACACUAUUUAACAACUAUUCAGUAUAUCUCUUUUAUAUUAGCCUAAUAGCCAAACUUGUUUUGAGGGCUUGCCUAUAUAAUGUAUAUCUUAAAAUAGAAUAUCAAUAUAAUUAUCAGAAUACUAUGUCAGUUUUCACUGAUAAGCCAUGGUAACUGAAGUUUCUAAAGAAGCCAAUGGCUAUAACCUGAGUUAGCCAUUUGUUUUGUUUUUUAUCAGUGGAUUGGUUAUUGUGGUUCACAAUAACACAUUGAGAGAUUAGUUACUGUGGUCUUUAGACUUCAAAAAUGGGCGCUGUGCAUGUAUGGAAAUGUAACACAUAUUUGGAUGAAGCGACUCAGGUUUUGUUCUUGUUUUUUUUAAUCUAUUGCAUGACCUAUCAUUUCAUAAUCGAGUCAGAUUAUCUCACGUCAAAGAAUAAGCCUUAAAUAUAAGGAGCCAAAUGUAAAAUACCAAUCAUCAUAGACGUUUAUUUGAGAAGCUUUUAAAAUGUUUGACACUUUUUAAAGCUUUUAUGAGCUGUUUGUUGAAGAAUAAGUCUUUCUCACAGUAUUUCACAUUUGGCUCUGACUAUAUAUGAUGUUUUGUCAAUGAUCGUUUCCUGCUGUUCUCCGUUUAGAAGUUUAAACUUAGUUGAAAUUAUCAAAUAUUUUCUUGACCUGAAUAACUUGAGAAUUGCGAUGGGAAAGAUGGAUAAAGUGGGGUGGGGGGGGGGGUUAUCAAAGACAUAAAAGAGCACAAAGGAUGUGUAUAUCUGUUUUAAUAUUCUUUAUAGAUAAGACCUUGUCAACGUUGUUAUGGCUUUGUUUAACUCUUGUGUUUGAAAACUGAAGCAAUAAGAUUAUAAAUUGCAGUGGAACUUCUGACUGGAAAAAUCUCGUACCUUAUGUUAUGUUAACGUUCAAUGGUUUUACAGUUUUCUAAUUGUGUUUCUCUCAAUACAUCUAUUCUACUUUCGACGAAUGUUAGAAUGGCAGUUGGAGUGGUUUAUAAUACUGUAAUAAAUGUGAUGUGAUGUGUAACAAGUCUAUUAUGAAAGGAAACUACUGAAGGAAACCUCCACCUGAUCCAUCAUCACAAAAUAAGUCCAAAAUGAAUCAAAGCUAUGGGUGGACUUUUCCAUGUUCGACGCAGAUAAACUCAUUGGUAUUGGCAGAGGUCUUUCCCACAAAUAAAGCAGUUUGAACUGGUUUGACCCA